AAGAGGUCAGUUUGUAACACAGUAAUAAACACUGCCAUUGUCUUUUCAGGAAGACACUUAUCAGGAUUUCCAAAGAUUCCUCAUGCCUGUAUCAUAUUGACUUCAUGGCAGAUCAUAACCAUUCUCAAUUCCAGCAUCUGUACUUUGUCUUAACUGGAAUCCCUGGACUUGAGCAGAAGUAUUACUGGAUGGCAUUCCCAUUGGGUGCUAUAUAUGCCAUUGCUCUCUUUGGAAAUGGUAUCAUCAUCUCUACAAUCAAGUCUGAAUCUUCUCUGCAUAUUCCUAUGUACUACUUUCUGUGUAUGCUGGCAUUUGCAGAUAUGGGGCUCACUCUUUGCACUCUGCCCUCUAUGCUAGGCAUAUUCUGGUUUAACUACAAAUUCAUUACUUUUGAUGGUUGUCUUGUUCAGAUGUACUUCAUUCACACCUUCUCAGCCAUCGAGUCAGGAGUGCUAGUUGCAAUGGCCAUUGAUCGGGUCAUAGCAAUCUGGAGCCCUCUUAGAUAUGGCACCAUUUUAACCAAUGGUGUGGUCUGUAAAAUAGGGGUGCUCAUCUUGUCAAGAGCAGUCUGUGUGGUCUUCCCGGUGCCUUUCCUCAUCAAGAGGCUCCCUUUUUAUCGCUCUAACAUCCUCUCCCACUCCUUCUGCCUCCAUCAAGAUGUCAUGCGCCUUGCUUGUGCCAGCACUCGUGUCAACAGUCUCUAUGGCCUUAUCGCUGUCAUCUUUACCAAGGGUUCUGACUCCCUUUCUAUCCUCUUCUCCUAUGUGUUCAUACUUCGCACGGUGAUGGCUAUUGCCUCUGGGGAGGGCCGGUUGAAGGCUCUCAACACCUGUGUUUCACACAUCUGUGCUGUACUUAUCUUUUAUGUGCCUUUGAUUGGGGUGUCACUCAUUCAUCGCUUUGGAAAGCACCUGUCACCACUGACUCACGCCCUCAUGGCGAAUGCCUACCUUCUUGUUCCCCCUGUGCUAAACCCCAUAGUUUAUACCGUGAAGACGAAGGAAAUACGAAAAAAGAUUAUCCAGAUAUUUAUUCGAACCAGGAUUUCCACAGAAGGUUAA